CGUAUAAAUUCAGAUCGAGGCGAUGAAGUGGAUGUUUCGAAGGAUAACAACUACGGCUACAGUGAACAAGGCAUGAAGGAUCUGGACGAGGUGGGUGGCUUGGUUGGUGGUGGGGAUUCGGAGCUACUAGGCAUGCUCAGGCCGUACUACUCGAUAGUCGACAUGUCGGCAAAUGGCAACAAGCAGGGAAUGGGUUCUUACCUGCAUGUGUUACCGGACUCUUCUGAAGGAAAUGAACCAAUCUAUUCUCUUGGCGCCUCGUUUUACGGCGGCCUUGAACCAGCCGGAGCAAAAAUGGGCUAUUUGACAAGGCCUUUUGGAAAAUAA